AUGGCUCCUCCGUCGAUGCGCUCCGGUUCGGGAGGGGAGGCUGUGGCUAAGCUGUGGAGGGGUUCCAAGGCUACGGUGUGGCUCUGGGUUGGUGGCCGGGUGGUUGUCGUUCCAGUGUUGGCGGAUCGAUCUCGAUCGGCCUUCUCGUCAUUGAGGUUCGACUUUGCCAAUAAUACAAAGAUCGACAACAUAACUCUCAUCAACAGCAAGAACACCAACAUCCACCUUUUCGCAGGUCUUAAUGUGAUAAUCAGCAACAUUAACAUAAGUGCCCCGGCCGACAGCCCCAACACCGAUGGAAUCAAAGUCGGUAGUUCAAGCAUCGUCCAAAUAUAUGAUUCUGUAAUAUCCACCGGAGAUGACUGCAUAGCUUUCCUUCCUGAAUCAACCAACCUUAACGUUACUAACGUUCACUGCGGGCCUGGCCAUGGAAUUAGUGUAGGAAGCAUUUCCAGUAACUCUAUUACUGGCUUGAACGUAAGGAAUUGCAGCUUCGUAGGUACUCAGAAUGGUGUUAGAAUCAAGACGAAGAGUCCCUCUCAACCAGGAACUGUUGCACAAGUUACAUUUGAAAACAUUGAAAUGGAUAAGGUCGAUAAUCCCAUCAUCAUUGAUCAACAAUAUUGCGCUAGUAGUGGUUGUAGUCCACCGAAAACUUCGGAGAUUCAGAUUACUGAUGUGAAGUACAAUAACAUUUGGGGUACUUCAAACACAAAAAUUGCAGUUUUACUUAAAUGUAGCGAAAAUAAACCUUGCCAGAAUAUCGAGUUGAGGGAUAUCAACCUAAAUUACAGAGGAGGUAAUAAACCGGCAAAAGCGUCGUGUUUGAAUGCAAAAGGAGCAGCUUACGGCAAACAAAACCCUGCUUCUUGCCUGCAGAGUUAA